AUAUAUAAGUUCGACAUGACGAUCUGCGUGGAGGUAACGGAGCUGAUUGGGCGGUUUUAUUUUACUAGUGAAGAAGAAUGCGACUCACAAUGUUCGGACGACAUAUCGCCGAUGAUGGACGCCCCGCUUCCGCCUCACACCACCCUCCCGAUCACGCUGGUUCCGCUGCAGAAGUCCUCUCCGGAACGACGGAUCACCCAGAAGGAAAUCAUCGCCGGCGAGGAACGGCCUAAGUUUCUCACCAUCAAACAGGUCCAGGACGGAUCGCAAGGUGAUGAUGAUAAGAGCAAUGCUGCCACACUGUCUUCAUCAAACAACGCCAACAAAUCCUCAAAAUCACAAUCCUCUAACAACAGUGGUGACAGCAAAGCUAAACAACAGCCUCCUCAACAGCAGCAUUACAUAGUUGAAACGAUCACGAUGACAACGGUAACAGAGCGGCGGAUUGUUCAGAAUAGUCAAACCGAUCCAACGAAGACGACGAUGACGAUGACUGGUGCUAAUUCGGCCCCUCUGGUGGCCAUCGUUCCCAAUCCUAUCCCCAAAUCAGGUAACGACCUUCAGCAGGGAUCUACGGCUGUUCCGCCUUCAGCAUUGCCAGGUUCCCUACAGCAACAGAAACAGCUUCAACAAUUCAAGCAGCAGGUCAGCUUGGACGGAAGCAGCCAAGGACAGCAGCAGCCUCUCUACGAAUCCGGAGGCAAACACAAACCUCUCAGUACAGCGCAAGCUAUUAGCGGAAUCCUCAAGGGUGGAAAGCUUUGGAAAAACGAACACCAAUUGUCUCCCUCGUCGCAACAACAACAGCAGCAGCAAAUGCAGCAACAGCAGCAACAACAACAGCAACAGCUACAACAAGCACAGCACCAGCAACAGCAACAACAUCAACAGCAGCAGCACAAUCAGCACGACGACCCCACCAAUGUGACCUCGGACGAAGAGACCAGUUCAAAACGGUCGGUUCGCUUCACGGAAGAAACCAUCCGGGAGGCGUGCUGCGAUGGCGAGGUUCAAUCCGGUCUCGGAGAAGGUGAAAUGGGCACCGGUAAACCCAUCAACUACAUGUGCGAUACGCUCAAACGGCACUCCUCAGGGCUGUUCCACAAUGCCUUGAGGCCAAACUCUGCAGUCCGGCAGCUUUUCCCGGCCACGGUCAUUCAGCCCCUGCUGACGACCAGUUGCCCGGUAGGAGCUCAGACAACAGUUACCACAACCAUUGCAGGUGGUCAUUCAUGUGGGGGUGGCGCUGUUCUAGUUCAGACGACCUCGGCCACCGUUGGAAAUGGCCCAACGGCGCUUACUCAGGAAGCUCUCAAAGCGUUCGACGAUGCCAAGAAGGCCGGAAGUGGCCCCAGUUUGGUGCACCAACACAGUAUUACUAGCAAUAGCAGUGGCAAUAACAUUAAUCCUACUGGAGCUCCAGGUUCGGUCACCAAUGCUGGUGGAAGUCCCGGAGGAUCUUCAACCCUUGGUGGUGCCGGAGAAACUGACACCAUCCGGCGAACCAUCGAAAGGAACGCUCUACGGAGAUCGCUCAUCAAGUAUGAACCAAAGAAAAAGAUCCCGGUACGGGACGUGACUUCCCUGGAGGAGCGCAUCCGGCAGCUAACUUGCGACAUUGAUGAGCCCAUUGACGAGGGGGCGGACGGAGAGCUGGGUGAUAUGGAACGGCGGGACAGCCCAGCUGGAGAGGAGAAUCCGCAGCAACCGAAGUACAUUCCGGACAAGAGCUUUUCGCCGAGUUCCUCGGCUUCCAGCUCUUCGAGUGGUUCGAAUGGUUCGACCUACAAGAAAAUUACCGACCUAUUCCACAGGGAUCGGCGACAGGAGAAAAUCCCGGAGGCGGACGAGAACCCCAUCGUCAUCAUCCCGCAGAGUGAUGUUCUCCAGGAUUGCCGCUGUCCGGCUGGUCCCGAUAUUGGAAUGGGUGUCCAGAUCCAAGGUGCCCACACGCAGAUCCACCAACCGCCGCAGCAACGGUCGAUCGACUCCCGGAGGCAGUUCCUGUCGACGCUGGCCCCGUUGACGGCUUGCGUUGCCGGCCAACGCGAUGACAUGUCCUACUACACCCUGGCACAACCGGGAGACCGGAACUCGCUGGGAAGCUCUCAGUGCACCGAGUACAGUUUGGGUGACAUCGAUGCCGCGCUGCAUGACGACGACGGCAAGAAGGUAGCUCCGGAUGUAAUUGCCGGAACGCCAGGUCAGGAGUCGGAUGAGUUGGCUGCGUUUGUACAGCAAGAAGGAGCUCGGACGGAACGGUUGAAGAAGCGUUACAGUGCCGAGACGUCUACUUCAGCUCCCGCUUCCGGUGCCGGAUCGGACGAUGACGAGCACAACGAUUAUGGAUUCAACUCGAGGCCAACGGUGCGGGGCAUCAAGCCUAGGUUCGGAUCAACCAAUGAAAUAUUGCAACAGAUGCAGGCUCAACUGGCAGCUCCAUCACCACCUCAGCAAUCGAAAUCCACAACCACCACUACCCCAGCUCAACCGGUUCAGUCUAAUACGUUGCCAAGGCCACACACAGCGAACAGUCUUCAGCUGGCGGCGGCCAAGCAACAGAUCACGACCCACCAGCAUACGGCAUCCUGGAGUUACUAUCCGGGAGAAAAUGCUCAAACGAAGGCCGUAGCAGCCGUUGCCAUCGAUCCUCACGGAAACUAUUACCACAUACCGGCUCAGGCCCGCCAUAGCUACCAUGGGCAGGAAGCAAUCUACCAGAACUGUGCCCAGCUUCCGGCCGGAAGCAUCCAGGCCAACACGGUACAAAUUCAGUCGCAGCAGAUCCACACCCAGCACCACGCGGUUCAUCACAUACACCAGGCAACGACGGCUGCAGCGGCCGCGGCCUACGGAAAAUUCGCCCGUAGUCCAACGAGACGACCGGAGUCGCCACCUCCGCUGCGGAACUACCACCAGACGAUGGUCCUAAUUCCGUACAAUGCGGAAACCUACCAGCAGUAUUCGGCCCAGGAGCAGGAAAACUACCGGCGGCAGCACAAUAUCGUUGAGUAUCAACAGGUAACGCAACAAACGAUCCGGGUGCCGGUAGGCUAUCCUCUUCCUGGAAUGCAGCUGCACGUAGUUGCCGGUCGAGGAACCCUUCCGCCGCAUUACUCAACCCUGCCACGGUUAGGUUCCACCUCGAGUGCCAAUGCGGCCACGACUACUCAAUCUGCCAACCCCCACGGAAAACCUCCUGCCUACACCCAGUACCCAUCGUCGGAUAAGGGAGGAGCUGGUGGUCUCGGGGUGAAAUUCACCGAACGAGGAGCUCCGGAAGGUGCGGCCAGUGUUCAACCGAACGAUGCUGCCGGUCAGCUGCUGUCACCGACCUCCCAGGGCCAUGGACCCCCAACGGCUUCGUCUGGUUCCUCUUCCUCUUCCGGUGGCGGUGGAGGUCCUCCUUCAUCUCAGUCAUCCGUAGCGCCCGGAGGAAACGCCCAGGGUGCUGCCCAGAAUGCCACCGGAGCCGUUCCGGGAGCUGGCCAGGGAGCCGUCUUCUACGCCAUGAACGUCUGACAUGGUGACUAGAUAAAUGUCACGAUAAGAAUUGAGAAACCUGGAGUUGGAUCCGGUGAAACUGAACACGAAGAAGAGGAAGCCAUAUAAAGGUAAUCUGUUUCUGUUUCAAAGAGAAAUUCAGGCUAGAAAAAACUCGCACACACCGAGAAAUGUGGAAAAACCUGCUAACGAUACGCAACACAACGACUUGAUAAGUUUCCAGUCCCUAACGGAGCAUCUUCUAGGGGGCUAAAUCUAAGGGAAAUGCUCAACAUGUUACUGCUCUCGAUGUGUGCGUCUGUGUCAAGUGUGUGUGAAUUUUGUAAAAUGAUAUUUAUAUACAUACACAACGGGUAGAAGAGCACGCAAAAACUUGUAAAGUCAACCCAUAAGAUCAGAAUACCAAAAAAAAAAAAGUUUAAGGAAUCGAUUGCUUUCCAUGUACAUAGCGUUAAGAUAUAAUAUAUUAGCUCAGCAACUGAAAAGCUCACCCAAUGCUCCAAAGAUUGUUUUCACUAGAAUCUAUCAACGCAACCAAAAAAUGAUCGGGAAAAAAUAAGCUCGAAUUGUUGUCUUCUGAAAGAAUUUUUGGUAUAGUGAUUCUCGCGCUCUCUAUCUAUAGUUUAUCGAAAUCCAACCUAUCGGAAUGACAAUUUAUUGAUACAUAUGUCCUGAAAAAAAAACUCUCCUAAGGUGUGAUUCCAAUUUCAAUUUCAUUUUGUUCUAGUGCUUCAUGUAUAUUUUUUUUGUAGUUGCAGGGUUACCAAAUAUUUAGCAAAGAAGAUUUAAGAUAGGUUACUGCCAAGUGAUUUGUUUUUCAUCUCUGGGAAAGAAAUCUUUGAGUUUGAUUUUAUUUCUAUUCAGAUUGUUAUACAACAUAAAGGAAAGUAUGAAAAUGAUUAAAAUAUUGAGCUUAUGAAUUGAUAAAAAGUUUGAAAAAGAUUAUUUACAAAAAUGGAAAAUUCCAGGAAAGUUAAAGUAAUAAUUAAUCGGUUUAAGAAAAACCAUGCAAUAUCUUGAAAAUAAAAAAUAAAUUAAAUAAUCAUUUUGAUAAACCAAAAUUAAACGAAAGGCAGAGUUUUGCAAAAGUAAUUUUGAAACAGUUGUCUCAGUAGUUAAAGAGCUAUUAGCGACAGGAUUUUGCAAGAAGAACGCUCAUUAUCUGAGCUCCUCCUUAGGCGUUUUUCUCUAGAUUUUUACCCGGUAGUAAAUUUCAGAAUAUUUUGUCAAGAUGCAAUUAGCUAGUUGCUUUCCUUAGGGCUAUGUCUAUAAGAUGAUCAGUGCCAGAACUAAAGAAAUGGGCGUACCACCUGAAAUACUCAGGGGAAAUAAUGCAUUGGCUCUUCUAGCAUUAGCACUUACUAGCUGGCUACGAGGACUUUGAAACUGGGACACAAAUGAAUAAGAGCUCUUAAGAGUUGAUAUCGAAAUUUAGCAACAUCGACGAAUCCCUCCAGUUAAAGAAAGCUUUGGCUUUAAGACCAGUCGGCAUUCCUAAGCUUGCUUUAAAAUUUGCGAUCGUGAAGUUUUCUCAAACCAGGUUUGGGUUUGGGGGUUAAACUCUUCCCAUGAGUUUGGUCUUCUAUAAAACUCAAAAUUUAAAAUUCCUUAUCAAAUUUUGAUGAACGGCCAAAAUGAUUUGAAAGUAACAAUCUCGACUCGGAACUGAAACCAAAACCUCUAAAUCUUAUCCCAGGUCCACAAUUCUAUAAGUUUUUUUUUUUCAAUUUUCUCAUUUGUUUGAAUCAAGUCCCGAAUGUCGAAUUUCAAUAAUAUUAGAAUUAACGUGUCAGAUUGCCCAGAUUUUCCCGAUUUUUUCUACUUUUUUUAAAUUAAAAAAUUUAAAAAUUUGCAAUCUCAUUUUAAAAAUAAAACAAUUUUUCAAUUUCAGGCCGAAAAGUCGAGCAUAAUGAAAAGUUUGUAUUUGCUUCCUUCCGACUGAAAUGCCAAUACAAAUUGUAAAAAAAAUGUGACUUUAUGGUAAUGUGUUUUUUUUUUGGAUAUUUACAUGAAAUUUUUUCCAGUUUGGUAUAUGAUUGACUGGUGUGUUUCGAUAAUAAAUAAAACAAUAUUUCGAUUGUUUUUCAUAAAAAAUUAUAUCGGAUAAUGUGAAUAAUAUUGACGGAUAUUGGAAAAAAUAACCCGGAUUCCCAUGGCUCGGUCGGAUACUCGCGAAUUUUUUUUUUUUCAGCUCAGGUCAAAGUCAUUAGGGAUUUUGUGGUUCCAAAUUUUUUUAUAAACAUUAUAAUUCGAUUCUGUGAUCAGAUUUCGGAUUCUGUAUUCAUUUUAUUGUUCUUGAAUUUCAGUUUGGAAUAACUUAAAUAAGAUGCAUAUUUCAUAUUCGAAACUGAUAAUUUCGGAAAAUGAAAAGUGAAUAUAUAAAACUGCAAACCAUUUUUAAAAUAAGGAUUUGAAAUUUUCGUAUUUAGUUCUUAUGCAGAAUUGAAACUUCAAAAGCUUCAUUGUUCGCAAUUUUUAUAUAAAUUCAGAAGUCCAAAUUCGAAUUAAUAACUGAUGAACAAAUUCAUAUUGAAUGCCAAAAGUCCAGAAUUCGAAUAAAAGAUUUCUAGUUUAGGGUUCUGGUACUAAUUUCGCUUUUUGAUCAAUAAUCAAUUGAAAUUCUUUUCUGGAACCUAGAUUCAAAAUUCGUUUUCAAAUCGGAAUUCAAAUUGUAUAAAUUUUUACCAAUGCUUAAAAUGGUAAUGCUUGUGGUUUAAAAGAAUAAGCUUAUUACCUACUUGCUGUUUUGAGUAAAACACACAAGUUUUUUUUCAAUAAUAUCUUAAUGAUCCUUUUUUUCAAAAUUUGAUGAAAAAAGUGGCAUCUUCUAGGGUUUUUUUUUUCGAAGGCUAGGAUUUAAAAUAAAUACUAACUUUUAACAAAUCUGAUGCACCAGCCAGAAGAAAAAUACUUUUAUGGCACGUCCUCUAUUCAUAUUUUCCAAUUGAACUUGAAAAAAUCUCUCACAUUCCUCUUACUUCAUAGGAUCUAUCAUCAUCACUUUUAAUAAAAUUUAAGCUCCCUAUUGGACUGAAUGUGACUGAAUCAAUGCAAUCGAAAGAUUCCCUUUAAUUCUUAUUUAAAAAAGGGAAUCAAAGGGAACCUUUCGAUUGCUUUGAUUCAGUACAAAUAUUCAACCAAGUAUGCUCACAACACAUAUCAGAGUGAAAAUGUGGAGCGAUAGCCAAAAAUAAAAAGGCCAUCACUUUGAGCAGAAUUUCCGUUACAUUAACGUAGCCUGAUUUUUAUUUCACCAGUUCCCUGACAUUUGAAAAAAAAAAUUGGCAACCCUGGUUGCAAUUUGUGAAGCAGUUGUGAAGUUAUGAUCAUUACCAUUCCAAAUGCAAAGAAUUCUCUCUCUAUUGCAAUCCCUCGGGAGGAACUCCCAAAUUCCUGACAGCCUAAAAUAACUCUUUCUCACUUCUCCUGCCGCCAGAGUUGCUAAGAGCGUCAGUCGCUUUUUGAUCCCUCCUCUCAAAGAGACGUUCCUGGGAAAGGCUCUCAGGUUUGCGUUCGAGGUCAGUGAUGUCAAUUUUUUUUUUCAGAAAUGUCUGGAAAAUUUUUGAAAAAAUGUCUGGAAAAGUGUGGAAAAGUCUGGAUGGCGAAGUUUAAAGGUGAUGACCUUUUUUUUUGAUCGCCAUAUCGCAAUAUUGCAGUGUAGGGAAUAGCACUUAUUACUUCAUCAUAAUCAUACAUUCCAUACACUAUCAAUGCCUGGAACUAUUGUGGUUAUGCUUUACUUCCUGUUUUACUACCAUCUUCGUGGCAUUCCUCACUCUUCAAUUACUAAUUCGAAUUAUUUCCUGCCAUUUUGCAACGAAAAUUUUGAAUUUUUACUGUUUUGUCAGAAAAUUCAUGUCGAAACUCAAAAGUCUGGAAAUGUCUGGAAGAAAUGACAAAAGUUUGUAAGUCUGGAAACCUAAAAAAAAUUCCAAAAAGUCUGGAAGAUCCAGAAAAAAUCUGGAAGGUUGACAUCACUGUUCGAGGUAGAAAUUUGCUUGCUUCUAUUAGCUCACUGCUGACUGGCUGAUGGGGUGGCUUUGCGGCGAUAUGAGCAGAACAAAUUUUAGGCUAAAUAUUUGUUAACCUUAAUAAGUUCAACAUUACAAUUUAUAUAACCAUUCAAUGGUUGGGUAAAACGUUUGUAAUAAUGAAGGCUCUCAGAUAAUAUGUAUUACACAGAAAUCGGCCGGUGUUGAAAGAAGUAAUUGUUAAAUAAAUAGUUACCUGAACAAAAUAUCUCAAAUUUCUCAAAUCUCAAAUUGAGGCUCGUUGCACAAUUCAUUUUUAUUGUGCAAUCGAACUUAAAUUUUGCAUGUAAACUUCACAAAACAAUCUGCUUAUUUGGGCCACUCUACUCAACCAAUUAAUCAGCAAGGACAAGUUAUAUCUGGAGGAAAUCUCUCGCUAUUCGUCAUUUUCAAAUGACGCCACCGGCGUGAAUGGAAAAAAAGGAAAACAGGUCAGCCAGAUGCCCAGCCAGCGUUCUCAGAUCUACGGAUUUCUCUGUAGAUCUACGAAUUUUAGGCAUUUCUACGGAGCUACGGAUCGAUGCUCAAAAUCUACGGACUUUCGACAUUUCCUACGGAUUUUCUACGGAUUAUCGAAAAAAUUAACGAGAUUCUGCGGAUAAACAAAAAUUCUACCUGACGACCAAAAAAAAGGUCAUCAAGUUUCAUUUUACCAAAAUUAGUUCAUUUUUCGAUUUUCAUCAAACCUACGGACUUGAGCGGUUUGCAAUCUGGCAACGCUGUGCCCAGCUCAUAACGUUUGCUACACAAGCUUUCUCCUAGGCAGGUACUCUCGUAGAGCGCUCAUAUCUCUUUUUAGAGCAGAGUAAGUGAGAGCAGAACUCCCUAGGAGCAUUACAUCUUUGAGGCAGAUGGUCACUCCGUCUCAAUCCUUCUUGCUACUUAACACGUUUGUCAUCACGCUCAUUUUGGUAGUUUUACUAACCGGGCCCGAACAAAUUCACGGAGCGUGAAAGUAAAAAGAGAGUACUCCAAGAUUUGAAAUGUAUGGAAAAACUGAGCGGCUAACUUGAGUAAGAGAGCGGCUAACUUGAGUAAGAGAGCGUCACCCGUUUUUUAUCUAUUUGACCAGGUGGUAAAUCCUAUUUACGGAUUGCAUUCCAAGGUACGGCGAGCGACCGAGUCCCCCCGGUAUGCUACUCUGGGUCCAUGGGUGCAAUUGGACGAUUCAUGAUACUAAGUACUCCUACUUCAUAAAGUCCCCAUGGGGCCUCUGGUCAUAAUUCCCAUCCGGAUCUGCAUCGAAGCUUGUACCCGAGAUGGGAGACCAAGUCCGCGCUUAAGCGCUAUCGGCAAACUCCAGUUCGAGUCAAAACUCCAGCAUGUAUACCCUGCCUCUUGUAUUCAAGACUAAGGACCUCUCCUCUAACGACUCGAGGUCCGGCCUUUACUCGCAACUUGAGACUAGCUUGGUUCCCACGAAUAUCGUGCGCUCCGCCUCUGUUCGAGUCCACUGCAAGAGACCAAUGACCUCUCCUCUAACGACUCGAGAUCUUGGCUCCGCUUGGCUUGGCUCGAGGCCCUCUUCUCUUUGCCCGUCCGUGUGCCGAAUCGAGAGCAGCUUAUCCUGGACACGCGCCUGUCACAGCACACGUCCGGGGCUUUACGAAAAACUACUCGGAUCAUUCCCGGCGAAGAAUUCAUGCUACACCGACUCAGGUGACUCACCCGCCGACGACGUGAAGUCACCCUACCCGAGAGUAUUUCGCGGCGUAAAUACUCUUCCCCCUACGAUUUCGACUGCGAAGAAGGUCAAGUCUUAUCCCCGCAGAUUCCCUCGUAGGGAGCGCGUUUACUCAGAUACUCCGCGGCGGAAGAGGUAUCCUACACAACGUUCGCGACGUACCCAACAGCUCGGCAUACGCAGAAGGUAGAGUCUUAUCUUUGUAUACUUUACCGGACACACACUACUUGAAUGCCCUCCGGCAUUCUACUCCGACAGUGGUCCGGUCUUCCUCCUCCCUUUUUGUCCGGCAACCCUAGGGGUUUUGCCCGCCGUGUGCCGAAUCGAGAGCAGUUUUUGAUCUGAUGGGGCCAGGAAAUACACCUGUCACCCGAAUAUAUGUCCCAAGGCGACGAACGUGUUCAAAAGUGGGAGCAGAUUUUUAUUUCCGUGGGUGAUUGCUCUCAAAAGAAUCCGAAGUCUGCCUCCCAGUUUGGUACUCUGGGACCAUGGGUGAAAUUGGACGACUUUGUAUCAUGAAUGAUACAAGUUACAUUCCCAAUUAACAUUUAUAGUUUUAUAGCAGGCUACUAGAUAAAGUUUUGGUUUUAUAAGGGGCUUGGGGAGUCUAAUUAAACUAUCAGUGCUACUUGGGUUGUACCCUCUACCCAAACCGUGAAUUCCACCUCGAACGGGUUUGCACUAUUCUUUGACAGUGGGAGGUAUAUUCGCGCUAGUGCGCUCCGAAGAAAUACUCUUUAACGAUAUCACUUUCAGCAAUACCUCUCCUCAUUACGACUUCAUGUCUGGACCCUCCUUUCGAUUUUCCCUAAGAAACCUCUCCUCUUGGCGACUCAAGAUCUGACCCCUCCUUGCAUCGACUCGAGGUUGACGUACACUCGUACUUCUUCUCUGCACGACUCAAGGCCCGAUCUCUUCUCUAACGACUCGAGAUCUGACCUCUUUUCGUAAUGAAUCGAGGUAAACACGUAUACCCUACCUCUUGUUGAUUAAAGGCCUGAUUUCUACUCUACUCUACUCUACUCGAGAUCCGACCUCUUAUCGUUGAAACUCGGGGUUGACCACACAAACCUCUGCUCCUGAAGAUUCGAGGCCUGACCUCUCUUUUAACGACUCGAGGUCUGGCUUCUUAUCUCCAGGAUUCGAGGUUCGCCACCGCAGCCUAUCCUAGACACACGCCUGUCACAGCAUACGAGAGGGACUUAACGCAACUACUUAGAUGACUCCCGACGAAGACGUCAUCCUACACCGACUAAAAUGGCUCACCCGGCGUCGAGAGCCAUUCUACCCGUGAGUAUUCCCCGACUGCGGAAUAACCCUUUCUCAGCAAUCAGCUUCGAACAUUGGGAAACGUGCUACUCAGAUUAUCCCCGAAGUGCCGCACAAACGCGGCGUACCCACGCCAUCCGCUACGCAGAAGAUGUUGCCUUGUCUUUGUAGCUUUAAUCCGUGGGAUCGGACGCACUCUACUCGACAUUCAAUGGGGACAGUCUACUCCGACCGUAGUCCGAUCUUCUUUUCUCCCUUUGGCUAGCAACUCUAGGAUUUUUGGGACCACUGCUUUUUUCCUGCCCGUCGUGUGGCGAUCAAGAGCAGCUUAUCCUGGACUCGCACUUGUCACAGCACACGUUCGGGACUGUGAACGCUAUGAUUCGGAUAUUUCGCGACGGUGACGACAUCCUACACUGACUCAAGAGGCUCGUUCUGCUUCGAGAACCUCCCCUUGAUUACUUCUUCCGGUAUAGAACUCUGCAAUCUUUGGAACACUGCGAGUUGUGAACAAUUUUUAUGAGCAUCACCGCACUUCACAGCGCUCUUCCCACCUUCUUACUGCAAAAGUCAGACAACCUUAUUUUUUAUAAUCUUGGUAACUAGCUGACAGUAAAAUAUCAAGUCCAAUAUACGAUAAUCAAGUGGAUUUUUAAGAAGGGAGGUAUAAGGGAGUUUAAGUCAUUAGAUAUUGCAUAGAUAUUUGUGUGAUGAUGGCAAGGUUUUGCCCAGAACUGAUUUUUUAGUUUACAAAAAAGGCAGGCAUGUAUAAAUGUGACGUUAUAGUUUGAAGGUUCUGAUCUCAAUUGAGACGUCGGUCCUCAAAUUGCCGUAAAAAAAAACCUACUACAUGAUCCGACUAGCCUUAGAAGUUGCGUUAAUUUCUCGCGGUCGUGCUCUGGUCGCCAUGUUGUUUUUAAAUUCUCAAUUGAUAAAAUCUUCCAUCUUGUAAAUCGACUGUUUGGCUUGUUAUUUAGAUCACAGCAUGGGUAAGAAAAUUUAGAUCAAAGCAAGCGUCAAUGCCUUUCCCAUACCAGAAUAUAGUCGUUCACAAUGAAGUAGUAGGCUAGAAGCUCGACAAUAUUAAAAAAAAAAAAACAAGAGACCUCCUUUGACCUUUUUUGGUCUUUUCAAACUAAAAGCGUAAAAGUUCUUCUAAUGAAAUAGUAUUCGAUUUAUGCGGAAAUUUCAAAACAAUAAUGCCUUAAUUAAUUUUAAAAUUUUAAUAAUUAGAUCGCUCUGCUUUAUGUUAUGUGUUUGGUAAUCCUACAGUCAGUCAAUAUUUUCUUUAUUUUUUUUACACGUUGCCCCUUCCUUUGUUUCUGUUAUUGUUUGAGCUGGUUGACCCAAAGUGUAGGGUAAUCGAAAACAUUUACAUCAAAAGCUAACAAAGUAUAUAGCGUAGCACGAUAGUAGGAACAAUAAAAUUAAAAACAACAAGAUACACCAAAAGAGUUUACGGUAUCGAAUAAAGAAAAGCAGAAAACAAACAACUAGCUAGAUUGGAUCGUAAUUAAAAUAGUAACUUACAUGAAGUGAAUUGAAUAAAAAAAACCAUUUAUAGCUGUAACAAAAUCACUGCAAAGUAAAUUUAUACUAAACGAAAGAAAAAACAUACACUUAACAAACUAUUGGGAAAAAUUACUCGGAAUUCCAUCAAUCAGCUCAAAAUCAUCUGUACAUAACAAAACAACGUUUGGCAGGCAGAAAUUUUAUUAACCAAAAAAUAAAUCUGGCAACACUGAAACAAACUAAGAAAAAAAACAAACAAACAAAAGCAGCAACAAUAAAUAGAAGCUCAAUAGAC